CAASAAAAACCAAAAGGACAAACAACUUGCUUCUAUCUUAUUAUAAAUAAUCGAAACUUACAACUACAAUUGAAGAAUAGAUUGAUCGAGUACAAUGAAUAAUCUGACGAUAACAAUUCUUCGCACAAUUGUUGCGUUAUCCGUCUGCACCUCGGUAGCACAAUCGAAGCCUAGAAUUGUUGGAGGAACGCAGUCUGAASUUGGCAGCUUCCCCUAUUUCGGUAAGAAAUCUCUAAAUUGAACCUUCAGUUUGCAUUAUCGUUUUCAUAUUCUUUUUACCUGUUCUAAUCAUGCGUGUUCUUUCUUUUUUWAUYACUUUUCAAACCAAUAGUCGAGAUGGGCGGAUGCGGUGGCGCCUUAAUCGGCCCCGAUGUUGUCCUGUUCGCAGCKCACUGUGGAUCUUUAGAAAACCAAGAAAUAAAUAUCGGUGCUUACGAAAGAAGAACUGCAACAAAAUUAAAGAAUGCUUCCCAAUCACGGUUCUGCGAAGAGUAUAAAGCUCAUCCAAACUAUGGCACCGGUGGUUCUUCAAUCAACAACGACUUCGCUCUUUGCAAACUCGAUARACCAGUCAAUAUUGACACAAGUUUUGUUCAAUUGGAAUUGGACGAAGGCGACGUUUCCCUUCAAAGCGGUGAUAGUUUGAUCGUCAUGGGCUUGGGAGCGCUAAACGAAGGAGUUUCCGGACCGSAGUUCCUCCACGAUGUGACCGUUCCCUUUGUCUCAAAUGACGAUUGCAAUGCAGAAAGUUCCUACAAAGGCGGUGUGACAGAUCAAAUGCUCUGUGCCGGUUUCCCAGAGGGACAAAAGGAUGCAUGUCAGGGAGACUCGGGCGGUCCUCUUGUGAAGAGAAUAGUUCAGAGCAACGGAACWUUCAAAGACUACCAUGUCGGCGUCGUUUCAUGGGGACAUGGAUGCGCCCAGGCCAACAAACCAGGAGUCUACGCGCGUACCAGCUCUGGUAUCGACUUCAUCAAAAAUACAGCCUGCAACGACUUUAAAAGUACGGCAAACUUUUGCCAUAACAGCAAAUCGCUUCCCUCUCCACAUUGUGAUGUGGAACUGAAGRUUAGGCUUCAAACUGACGUUUAUGGAUUCGAGACGAGUUGGACGAUAACGAAUGACCGCCGACAGGAAGUCAAGGCAAGAAAAUACUUACUGAAAUUCCACGCCCAUSAACACUCUGUCUGCUUAGAGAAAGGCACUUGUUAUACGUUUGAGAUCUCCGACGACUACGGCGAUGGUAUGUGCACCACCGAUAAUGGUUGUGGAGMUUACGAAUUGAGCGUAAACGGCCAAACAAUUCACGAGGGAGAUGGAAAAUUCGAAAAGAAGGAGACAAAGGACUUCUGCAUUGAUAGAAAUGGAAAUGCUGUCGAARCAGGYGACCCUACUCCAGCUCCCGUAACYCCCGUAACCCCCGUAACGCCCGUGMUUGMACCGUCUCCCAAUGGAAAUUGUGGUGGGAAAAGAAACAAACAAUUCSAAGUGCAACUCAAAAUCGACGAUUUUGGAGGUGAAACUGGCUGGAUCCUGAGCAAGAUCAACCCCAACGAAUUCGACCCUGAGACCUUUCAUACCGGCAUCUUUGUCGCCGAAAGUGACCCCGCUGGCUUCGAGGCCUUCGAUAUUGUUACGUUCCCUCGCGAYGAUUCAUUUUACUGUCUAGAACAAAAUGCUUGCUAUCUUUUCGAAGUCUUCGAUGAAUACGGCGAUGGCCUAGUAGGAGGCGCAUCAAAAGGUUUCUACAAGGGAUUUUUAGGSGGGAAGUUAGUCUUCCAAGGCGCUGACUUCGAAUACUACGAAUGGAAGACGUUCUGUACAGGCAAUGCCGAAAUCUCGAGUAUCACUGAUGACGCACCAACACCUUCACCUACGAACCAUGGGGAUGAUUGCGUMGACCGAAAGGGGAAGAUCAAGGUUGGCAAGAAGAAAAGGAAAUGCUCAUGGGCUACUAACGGAAGUAAGAAGAAAAGGGUCAAGAAGUGCGAAAAGAUAGUCGAAGGAGGGAAAAAGUUUCACGACCUCUGCCCGAAAACGUGCGGCAAGAAAGCCGGCAUCGGGAAGUGCAAACAUUUACAACGCUAASAAGGGGACAACAAAGAACAUGUGAUCAGUAUGUACACUAAUGCUAGAAAAUAGACAAUAGAUUAAAUCMGCAAGU